AUGAACACUACAAGUUUAACCAAAACCAUCAAGUUUAUUGAAAGACAUUUGGAUCUUUUACCAAGUCACCAACAAUCUCAUGAUGUAAAUAAGUUUGCGUUAAUAUUUUAUUCCAUAGUUUCCCUUUCCGCACUAAAUCAGGACGUCACGGAUAAAUACUAUAAAUAUAUCAAAUGGAUUAGAAGCCAUUAUAUAAGAAUAACUAUUAAUAAUGAUAAAAAAAUUAGUGGGUUUGUAGGAAGCUUAACUUUAAAGACUGAUAAUGUGACAGCUAUUAGUCUACCUAACACACUAUUUGCAUUAUUAACACUACUAAUUAUAGGAGAUGAGACCAUUUUUAUGAAUGAUAAAAUUAAGCAUGAAAUCAAAGAAUUUGUUUCACAUUGUCAGAUAAAGACUCACGGCGGAUUUGUUUCAACUCUAGAUUAUCACACUUCAGAACCCUCUCCUACAGACUCCCACGAUCUAAGGUUUGCAUAUAUUGCAGUAGCCAUCUUAUAUAUAUUAGGGUGUAGAUCUGAUGAAGACUUCAAAAAAUAUAUUGAUAUAGAUAAGUUGUUAGGAUACAUUACCAUACAACAAUGCGACUCAGGUGCAUAUGGUGAAGAAAAUGAACCACAUGCAGGUUAUACAUCUUGUGCCAUAUCUAUACUAUAUAUUCUAAAAAAGUUAGAUACACUCUCUUCCGGAUUUAAACAAAAAACUGUAGAAUGGUUAUUAAUGAGACAGGUAUCUAAUGAAGGUUGUAUGAAAUUACAAAAUGGAUCAAAUGAAAAUUAUGAUUUAAUUGAUCAUGGUGGCUUCCAAGGCAGAGAGAAUAAAUUUGCUGAUACAUGCUAUGCAUUUUGGUGUUUAAAUUCUUUGAAAUUACUAUGUGGUAAUAGUUGGAAACAAUUAAUAAAUUAUAAACUUGUUGAGAAGUACUUAACAAAUACCACACAAAAUAGGCUCAUAGGAGGAUAUCAAAAAAAUAAUGAAACUGAUCCCGACUUAUAUCAUACAUGUCUUGGAAUUGCAGCAGUCCAAUUAAUUCAUAAUAACUUCGAUGGCGCUUUAUUUAUUCCAGCACCAGUGGCUGCAGAGUAUAAUUUAUUGUAUUCAAACCAAUAA